AGAUUUGGGGUUUUAUCAAAGAAAACUAGGAACCCACACUGAAGCUGAAAAGGAAUGGACGGAGGCGCGACGUACCAGCGGUUUCCGAAGGUGAAGAUCCGGGAGAUGAAGGACGACAUAAUGAAGUUCGAGCUUCGGGAGACAGACGCGAGCGUGGCGAACGCGCUGCGGCGCGUGAUGAUCUCGGAGGUGCCGACGGUGGCCAUCGACCUGGUAGAGAUCGAGGUGAACUCGUCGGUGCUCAACGACGAGUUCAUCGCACACCGCCUGGGCCUCAUACCGCUCACCAGCGACCGCGCCAUGAGCAUGCGCUUCUCGCGCGACUGCGACGCCUGCGACGGCGACGGCCAGUGCGAGUUCUGCUCCGUCGAGUUCCAUCUCCGUGCCAAGUGCCUCUCAGACCAGACACUCGACGUCACCAGCAAGGACCUCUACAGCUCCGACCACACCGUCGUCCCCGUCGACUUCACCGAUCCCAACGACCCCAACGAGCAGAGGGGGAUUAUCAUUGUGAAGUUACGCCGUGGACAAGAACUGCGGCUGAGGGCUAUAGCCCGAAAAGGAAUUGGUAAAGAUCAUGCAAAAUGGUCGCCUGCAGCUACUGUCACAUUCAUGUAUGAACCAAUGAUUAGGAUCAAUGAAGACUUGAUGGAGACUUUGUCACUUGAGGAGAAAAAAACUUGGGUUGAAAGUAGUCCUACCAAAGUGUUCGACAUAGACCCUACUAGCCAACAGGUCGUAGUGGUUGAUCCCGAGGCAUACACUUAUGAUGAUGAAGUGAUCAAGAAAGCAGAUGCUAUGGGGAAGUCAGGGCUUGUAGAGAUCGAAGCCAAAGAAGACAGUUUUAUAUUUACUGUAGAAUCUACUGGUGCAGUCAAAUCAUGUCAGUUGGUUCUCAAUGCCAUUGAAAUACUGAAACAGAAGCUUGAUGCAGUUCGCCUAUCAGAUGAUACUGUAGAAGCUGAUGAUCAGUUUGGUGAACUAGGUGCUCAUAUGCGAGGAGGAUGAUCUCUUUGGUAAAGAGGACUAAUCAAUUGAUCCUUCUAGGUUAUAGGAUAUCAAUUGAAUUGCACAUUUUGUGGGACUUGGCCAUAUGUUGUACUAACUGCAUCUUCCAUUCUCUCUUAUUUAACGUGUGCUAUGGAUGCUACUUACCCAACAAAAAAAAAAAAAAAGGUGCUGUGGAAGCUUAAUCUGUUUUGAGCAAAGUAUGUCUCUAUUGACAUUAAUUUAUAUUUUCUUUGUUUUCUUUGAGAACUUGUCAUGUCAUGACAUGUUACCUGCUAGCAAAACCCCUGUACACUGUGUUUAUUAUUAGAUAUAGCAUAGAUUGUACUUAUACACAUAAUCUUCAGUUUGAUAUCCCAGACAGUGGAGACACUGUAUGAUAUAUGUUAAAUCCCAUAUUGGAUCA